AUGGCGAAAGCAGAUGUGGGGCAGCGCUCAGGGAAACACGCAAGCAGUUCUUCUGUUGUGAAAAAUGUUAAAACUAGGCGAUAUUCACUUUGGAACUUCUGGAUUUGCGCGACUACAUUAAAAGUGUUGUUAUUUCCAGGGUAUUAUAGUACAGAUUUCGAUGUGCAUAGGAACUGGUUAGCCAUCACUAACAAACUACCGAUGAAUCAAUGGUAUGUGGAAGCGACGAGUCAAUGGACACUUGAUUACCCGCCAUUCUUUGCUUACUUUGAAUGGUUUCUCUCGCAAUUCGUGCCAAAGUUUGUAGCUGAUGAUGGUUGUUUGGACAUUGUUCCAGUGGGACAAUUUGGAUUUCCAACUAUAGUGUUUCAGCGAACUACUGUUAUCCUCAGUGAACUGGUGCUUUUCUUUGUUCUCCAACUUUUCAUCAAUACAAGUGAUAUUUCAGAGAAAAGUGCCAACUUUGUAGUUGCCAGCAGCAUUGUUCUCUCUCCAGGCUUAUUGAUAGUUGAUCACAUUCACUUCCAGUAUAAUGGGUUUUUGUUCGGAAUAUUGAUAUUCUCCAUUGUGGCUGCUAAGAAUAAAAGAUAUCUGUUAUGUGGGGCCUUUUUCGCAAUAGCGCUCUGCUUCAAACAUAUUUUCUUAUAUUUGGCACCAGCAUACUUCGUGUUCUUAUUGAGAGCUUAUGUAUUAGACUUCACUGAUUUCAAAUUCAGGUCAUACAGGGAUCUUAUCUCAGUGGUCCAAUGGUCCAACUUGAUUAAGUUGGGGUCGGUUGUAUUAGCAACUUUUGCAAUCGCAUUUUUGCCUUUCUAUACCACUUGGCCACAACUAUUUGCAAGACUCUUCCCCUUCUCCAGAGGUCUAACACAUGCAUACUGGGCACCUAACUUUUGGGCUGUCUACUCAUUCAUUGAUAAAGUUCUUACUUUGCUCGUAUUAAAGAUGCCUUAUUUACAAAAGCCUUUGAGUAUCGUCUUAACAAGUAUGCCUACAACAACUGACGAUAUCUUAAAAAGAAUUGCAACAAAUAACUCAGGAACGAAAGGUUUAGUCCAAGACGUCUUUUUUGUGAUUCUUCCUCAAAUAACACCAAAAUUAACUUUCUUAUUGACUCUGUUCUACCAAACGUUGGCCGUUAUUCCUGUGUUAUUCGACCCAUCUUUUAAGAGAUUCGUAGGUUCGUUGACUCUAUGUGGUUUUGUAUCAUUCCUAUUCGGUUGGCAUGUUCAUGAAAAAGCUAUCAUGUUAGUCAUCAUUCCAUUUUCAUUCUUGGUUCCUUUUGAUAGAAGACUUUUGACUCCUUUUACCUUGCUAGCCUCUGCUGGAUAUGUCUCAUUAUUCCCACUUCUCUAUGAAUCCCAAGAUUUCUUGAUCAAAUUCCUCUACACUUUUAUUUGGUGCAUACUUUACUUUUAUGCCAUGUCUCAAACAAGCAAAGUUAAGAGAAAUAAUUUCAGAAGGAUCUUCUUCUUUGACAGGCUUGCCAUUUGUUAUUACUUACUUUUGAUUCCAAUGGUGUUGUUCGUACAAGGUUUGAACGUCCUUAAGUACAGGUACGUUACAUUACAGAAAUACGAGUUUUUGGGACUAAUGGUAUACUCUAUCUACUGUUCCAUUGGUGUUCUGAGUUCGUGGAUUGGUCUAUCUUGGUUAUUCAAUUUUGAUGAGCCAAUGUGGAGUUGA